CAGCCGGGCAGAUCGGUGCUAGCAGCCGGGUACAGCCGCCGCCGCCGCUAUGCCUCUGCUAGUACUGCCGCUCCUGUUCUGCCUCGCGGCCGCCUAUUCUCCUUUCUACGACGUCCCGCAGCCGAUGAUAGAAGCCCUCAAGCCGCGAGGACUCCGGAUAUCCAUACCAGAUGAUCUGGGUGUGGAGCUGUUUGCUGUGCACGCCAACCUGAACAAACCCAUCUCACCGCUGGAGGCUGGCCAGAUCUCAGUGGACAUCACCAGGCCGAAGGGUAGCCGCUGGGUCUACGAGGACCGUCGGGUGCGCCUCAAGCCUGGUGACGUCAUCAAUUACUGGCUGUACGUGCAGGUUGAUGGGCAGGGGUACCGCUUGGACGAUCAGACUUUCGUCGUCAAAGAGCUGGUUGAGCCUGGAAGUGGAAAUCUACAAACAUGCGAGCCCACCAUCACAACAGUUAAUGGAAAGCCUGCCUGUAAGGGACAACUAAUAUUUGAAGACAGUUUCUCCAUAUUCAAUCAGAGCAAGUGGCAGUAUACUGUCCAGCUAGCAGGAAGGCCAGAUUACCAGUUUGUACUGUAUACAGAGAACCCAGAGAACUCUGUUGUGAAAGAUGAUAAGUUGGUUAUUACUCCAACACUGCUGUCUCCAGAUGACAGUGAUUACAUUUACUAUGGACAUAUUUCUGUUCCAAGGUGCACAGGCCUGCCAAACAGUGCUGAGUGCGACAAAACAGCUGCUGCCUGGUCAAUCCUGCCACCAGUCCAGUCAGCCAAACUACACACAAAGUACUCAUUCUCAUUUGCCUAUGGUGUUAUAGAAAUCCGUGCUAAGUUACCUAUGGGUGACUGGAUUUUCCCUGAGAUCUGGCUUGAACCAAAAGAAAAUUACUACGGACACCUCAACUACCAGUCAGGGCAGAUCAGAAUAGCAAUGGCACGAGGAAAUGAAGAUUUAACAAAAGAUGGGGCCCAACUUGGCAAUACGUUACUUGAAGCAGGCUGCAGACUUGGCCUGAAAACAAAAAUUCGGAAUGAGAUGUACACGAAGAGUAACUGGACACCUUUUGGAUCUGACUUCCAUGUUUACAGAGUUAUCUGGGAUAAAGAUCAGCUGGUGUUUGUUGUCGAUGGUAUGGAGAUUGGAAGAGUUCGACCACCACUAGGUGGCUUUAGUGGCUUGCAAGAAUUUGCUUCAUCACCUACAGUUCCUUGGAAGUCUAAUCUUGCACCAUUUGACAGAGAGUUCUACAUUAUUUUGGGUGUUGGAGUUGGAGGACAUCUAGAAUUUCCUGAUGGGUGUUUCUCACAUAAGCAUCCAAAGCCAUGGAGAAACAGGGAAACAAAGUCCAUUCUACAUUUCUACAAGGACUUAGAUAACUGGUAUCCAACAUGGGAUUCUCAGAAGUCUGCACUGGAAGUGGAUUAUGUUAAAGUAUGGGCUAUGUAGUUUAUUUCUCUGCUGUGGAAGUCUAAGUUAUUUUUAUUUAUUAGAGGUUUAUCAUAUUUCUUUUGGAUAUGCAAUGAAAUUAAGAAAAUGAAAACUUUUUUAUAAAUAGAACAUUAGAUUUUGGCUAUUUUUGUAUCUACAUAUAAUAGUCAGUACUUGUAUGUUAGCAUUAAAUACUCUCAGUGAAAGUCAUAAAUUUAGCUCAGGAUUUCUGGAGAUCCCCAGACUUCUGUUUUAUGUCCAUUAAAAUGUGAUAAAUGUUUUUGUAUUCCAGAUAAAAAACUCCACAUUAGGCUAUUCCCAGAUUACACAGACCACAUAUAAAUUAUAUUUAAAUCUUGUCUUGUCAUCUAUAAUGUCACAUUUCAUUUUAAAACAUUAUUUGUCAUAAGUAUCAUCAUCAUGAAUCUAUUAAUAUGUGAGUGUCAAAAAUGCUUUGGAACACUACACUUUCUGUAUUUCUGUUGCAAUAUUAAAUACACUAAAAGAAGAAACAAAUACCUUAUUUUAAGCAUAACCAAUAUAACAUCAGCAAGAAUGUUCACCCAUUGUGAAUAUAUUAUAUAUUUUCUAUUUUGUAGCCUGGAGCAACUGUCAAUUGUAAAAAUGUCUUAGCUUUACAACUUUGGUAACUCGUCUUUGUUACACUGGUCAAUGAUGUUGAACAAAACAUUAGUCAGAUGCAGUGUGACUACGUCCUGACUUAACUUGGGGGGAUAUAUAUACCUCUGCCCACCACUAGUGAGUGAGGACUGCAACAUCUGUGAUGUGACCAAAGACUGUAGUGCAUUCCCAGCUUUGUCUGUGAAUGGAUGUGCUUCUUGUGUUGUGCUUGUCAAUAAAUUGUUUUUCUGUCUCA